UGAGGGUUUAUUACUGAGUAUGAGGGCUGAGCACCAGGGAAGGGAACACACUUCACCAUGAGCCGCUGCUCUGUUAAGCCAGCAUUAUUGAGCAGACUCUGAAAUUACAAGGAGAUUAUUAAGGACAGUGUCCCGAGGCACCUUAUAUUUAUAUCUCAGGAUAAGUCAAUUGGGACUCUGAGAUUGGGCUGGAAACUGAAUUGCCUUCGGCCCAAUCUCACAGUGCUCUACCCUUGAGUGAUAGGGAUUUGCCCUUCGGAAACUCAACCUUGAUCAUACUUUGAUAUUUUCCGUCAUUUUAAUACCCUCACUUGAGUGAUAGGUUUGCGUUACUAAACCCGGUGCUGAAAUCUUCUCACUACUCAUAUAUAAAGACCGAUACAACUCUUUAGUAAACGAUGUGGGACUUAUUUAUUUAAGUUUUAUCAUGAAAGGAACUAGAUUGAUAUCGUUGUUCUCCAAGCAGCAUCUACGUCCUUCUUCUCAUCCUCAAUUCCGAUUCUUCAACUCUUCUUCUUCAUCAGCUUCCUCAAACAAGCUCUUCGUUGGAGGAUUAUCAUGGUCUGUAGAUGAAAAAUCCCUCAAAGAUGCUUUCUCUUCCUUUGGAGAUGUCACUGAAGUGAGGAUAGUGUAUGAUAAAGAUAGUGGUAGAGCUAGAGGCUUUGGAUUUGUUAUCUUUUCAAAUGAAGAUGCUGCAAAAUCUGCUAAAGAUGCAAUGGAUGGAAAGGCAUUGUUGGGUAGACCAUUGAGGAUAAAUUUUGCUCUCGAGAAGCCCCGUGGUAUACCUGUAGUUGUUCCUCGAUUUACAGAUAACGGACACUUCAACAAGCACUAACUUUAAUUUAGUUGACGGAAUUUAUGCAUGUGUCUCUGGAUCAUAUUAAAAUUAUUAGAUAAUGGCUACAAAGUUUGUGUAUUAUCAUGUUUUCAAUUUGUAGAAAAUGAAAUAUAACAAGCUUGUUGAAUCAAUGUUUUACAUCAGGGUAGUAGUUAUGCAGUCAUGUCAUUGUGUGGAUCAUUUAGAAAUUUUUUAGUGCAAAUCAUGCUUGACACUA